GUGAGGCUUUUGAUGCUAUGGCUUGGUGUAGUUCAUGAUAGUGAGUCUGGUUGAGGGCACUGUCAGCUAGCUCGUCCAGCUCUUGUCGUAUCUCAUCUCCUCAUCUGCUCUGGAACUUACUUUUGCUAGUGCAGAGACAUUGUCUGAGAGCAAUUCAAAUUCUGUCAAAUUUACUUUUUCUCUCUCGAGUUUCUUCACCUGAUCAUUCACGGUGUCUCUACUGGCUUUGGUGGAAUUUAAAGACGCUAUGUUGCUCUCUAUACGAUUUCCCCUCGUUUCGAGAGUCACUGUCCUUUCUGUGACAUUUGUGAGCCAGUCUUCCAAUUCCUGUCCUGUUAGUUCAAGGCCUGCUGAGAGCUCCUGGUGGCUAAUUUGCAAUAUAGAUGUCGUGGUAUUGAGCUGCCGUUCUAAUUCUGCUAUAUCUGCU